CAAACAGCUGGAUCUGAUAUUUCUCCAGAGAGAGAGCGCCAAAUGGAUCUGUCCGUGCGUUAAGAAAGCAACAAGAUCUGCUGUCAUGGCAACCCCAAGCUCUGUCCCCCUGCCUCUCCCCGCACCACUCACCUCAGACGCUGAAGAGGGCAGUGAGGAAGAUGACGACUUCGCUGAGGUUGGCGGUCCCUACGGAUUACUCAACAUGAACAACUCUAACAACAAUGAAGAGGAGAAAAAGAAGAAAAGAAAAAAGGACAAAAAGGAGAAAAAAGAAAAGAAAGAAAAGAAGGAACGAGAGAAAAAAGAGAAAGAGGAGAGGGAAGCCAAAGAAAAGGAGGAAAAAGAGAAGGAGGAGAAGGAGAAGAAAGAGAAAGAAAAGCAGAAGGAGACGCCCAAGGAACUGUUCGUGAUAAACCCGGCUGGAAAUCUGUAUUACAACUGGCUUUUCAUUAUCACACUUCCUGUAAUGUACAACUGGACCAUGAUCAUAGCCAGGGCUUGCUUCGAGGAGCUGCAGCACGACUACAUCAUUUAUUGGGUUCUUCUGGACUACACCUCAGACCUCAUCUACCUUGCUGACAUGUUCUUCAGGACCAGAACAGGUUUUCUUGAGCAAGGCCUCCUGGUGAAAGACAAGCAACUCCUUAAGGAUCGUUACAUCUCCAGUUUUCAGUUCCGCCUGGACGUGGUCUCCAUGCUGCCCACCGACGUCCUGUACCUGUACUUCGGAAUAGACUACCCCGAAAUCCGCAUCAACAAACUGCUACGAAUAGGUCGCAUGAUGGAGUUCUUCACCAAGACGGAAACGAAGACCAACUACCCAAACAUCUUCCGCAUUUCUAACCUCAUCAUGUACAUCCUGAUUAUUAUCCACUGGAACGCCUGCCUCUACUUCUCCUUCUCCAAGUCCAUAGGGUUUGGGGCGGACGACUGGGUGUAUCCCGCUUUGGAUAAUCCUGAGGAGCCAGAGUUUGGUCAGCCGAUGAGGAAGUACGCGUUUAGUCUGUACUGGUCCACGUUGACUCUUACAACUAUCGGUGAAACGCCGCCACCAGCCCUGGACUCCGAGUUCCUGUUUCACGUGGUGGACUUCCUGGUUGGUGUCCUCAUCUUUGCCACGAUAGUAGGAAACAUUGCCACAAUGAUCUCCAACAUGAAUGCAGCACAGGCCCAGUUUCAGUCCAGGAUAGACAACAUCAAGCACUACAUGCAGGCUCGAAAGGUCAGCAAAGAACUGGAGCAGCGUGUCAUAAAAUGGUUUGACUACUUGUGGAACAACGGUAAAGCCCAGGACGAACGAGAAGUUCUGAGGUACCUCCCGGACAAACUCAGAGCCGAGAUCGCCAUCCAAGUUCACAUGGACACUCUGAAAAAAGUCCGAAUAUUUGCUGACUGUGAGGCGGGUUUACUGAUCGAGCUGGUACUUAAACUGCGCCCCCAGGUGUUCAGCCCGGGCGACUACAUCUGCAAAAAGGGCGACAUCGGACGCGAGAUGUACAUUAUAAAAGAUGGUAAACUGGCUGUCGUGGCUGAUGAUGGCGUGACACAGUUUGUCGUGUUGGGAAGUGGCAGCUACUUCGGCGAAAUCAGUAUCCUCAAUAUUAAAGGGAGCAAAGCCGGGAAUCGACGAACCGCGAAUAUACGGAGCAUCGGGUAUUCCGAUCUUUUCUGCUUAUCCAAAGAUGACCUUAUGGAGUCUUUGACAGAGUACCCGGACGCCAAGGCUAUGCUGGAGGAAAAGGGGCGACAGAUUCUCCUGAAGGACGGUCUGAUUGAUUUGGACCCUGCAAAUAUCAAGCCCGAAGUUAAAGAGCUCGAGGAGAAAGUUAACAAACUGUACGGCACCAUGGAACUGAUGCAGACCAAGAUCAAAAAGAUACUGGUGAACUACGAGUCCACCGAGACAGCUCUAAAGCAUCAGCUCUCCGACUUGGAACGAAUGACAGGAGAGCCAGCGGAGGAUGACGAGGAGGAAGAGGAGGGCAAAAGGGUCGAGGAGAUGAAGGUAGAGGAGGCAAAGGACGCCGAGGAGACAGGGAAGGAAGCUAAAACGGAAGAUGAAAAGUAAACUGUGACUUCUCAGACGAAAUACCACAAAACAAAUGUUGAAAAUAAAUAUAGUUUGUCUUGUACAUAAGACUGUGGCAAAAUGUGUAGCAUCAGGUUUAGGUUUAGGUUCGGAAAUAACUUUAAAAAUGUUAUUCAAAUAUGAG